CGUUCUCGUUCCUGGUGUGAAUGGCAAUUUUCGCCGCGUCACAGGAACGGGUCUGAUUAUGCAUUCAUGCUGCCGCUGUUUCUUGUUCAAUUCCUCUAGCAAGUUACGUGAUUUGAGUGCUGAAAGGGCGGAUAGGAAGUUGACUUGGCUGGUGACGGAACAACCUGUUCAGACUGUUUCACUCGCUGUUCCACUGCUGACUCAGACGGGGGACGCACUGCAUGACUUGGCAGCGGUCCCGCAUCCUGCUAUUUCUGGUCUGAACUGGUUGGUUACGUGUGCUGGCUGGUUAAAACACUUGGUAGGAUCAACGUGCCACACAGCACAGAGCCCAGUGCGACAGGGUCUGCCUCCCGUACGUACGAGCUCGGUCGCAGCUCGCUGCUCGAUUCUGUGUCACAUCCUGACUUUGUUGCCAUCUUUUCGAGAUCCUCCAGCAUCAUGGCAUCCGUUCCUUCAGCUGGCUGCUUGCUUGCAGCACGGAAUCCUUAUUCCAGAAACCGACUAAAUUCCACAAUGGGUGUGUUGCCAAGUGGGCCAUGCAGUUUAGAGAAUGCCAUAGAGCAUGACAAAACCCAUCAAGGUCUGCUUGCACUGGAGAAGUGUUGGUGGCUAAAGAACUUUCUGCAUAGUGACAACACUCAGCACCCAAUGAAUGCUGAACUACCUGCCAGAAGUCAUCAUUGAUCAAGAAUGAAAAUUGGACACUUGCCUUUGGUGGAUUAAGUUUAGUCUACAAUACUUCGUAGCAUUUUGCUCCUGGCUCAGGGAAUUGGUUGGAGAUGACAUUGUUCCAGCUUCAAUCUGUCAUGAAGCAAGUGGCAGGCACUUCAAGAAGCAUGUAGGGUUUCCAUCAGCAGCUUUACCAUUUAGUCAUUCUUCAGCUGCUCAAAAUGAUUGAUAUGGAGCACCUUGAGACUUGCAAAACAUUAAAUAUUUGGAUCUAGGAAGAGCAAUGGAAGCUAAUUUGGAAAAAGUAAUAUGUGGUGUUUUCUGUAUUUGUCUCAACACUGGAUAAUUUUAUAGUACGGAAACAAAUGUUGACCUGAAUAAAACACUAGAUAGUGUGUGUAUCUCUCUCUCUAACAAUGUGUUGACAGCACAUUGCACAUCACGUGCACUGGGUGUUGCAGUUCACACCUUGUAUGUUAAAUAAUGUUCAUACCGUUUGUACAUUGAAUAUUACGUCUGAUCUUGAGUUUCCCAGUAAGUGGUGUUCCUAUCAUGUAUAAGAAAAGCCUUUAGUAUGAAUAAGAGAACAUAAUUACAUUAUUUUUAUAACAUUUGUUGCUGAUGUGUUACAAUUUUUUCUGUUAAUUGUAAUGUGUAAAAUUCUGUUUUGUAUGUGGAUUUUCUUAUUGGGAGUAAUUUCAACCUCUAAAAAUGCUUACAGUCUUGCAUUGAUGCAAUAGAUUUAAAAAUUCAGCAGUUAAUAGUUACAGCAUGGUUUACCUUUUUUAUGAUUGUACUCCCACUUGUAUUUCAGUUGUCCAUUGAGAGUAAAUUUUCUGUUUUGGAAACAAGAAAAUAUGAUUGUUAUAGUCAAUGAAAGAAAAGCCUGCCACUGUUGAAUAAUGCUGGUUCAUGACUUCUGGACCAAGAGUACCAAAUCAUGUAAUCAGCCUACACACAAGAGGUUUUGCAGAUGCUGAAGAUCCAGAGUAACACACACACAAAAUGUUGGAGGAACUUGGCAGGCCAGGCAGCAUCGAUGGAGAGGAAUAAAUAGUUGACAUUUUGGGCUGAUAUCCAGUCUUAGUGAAAGGUCUUGUCCCAAAACAUCAACUGUAUUCCUCUCCAUAAAUGCUGCCUGACUUGUUGAGUUCCUCCAACAUUUUGCAUGUAUUACUAAGUAAUUUACCUCAUGGUGGGUUCCUCAACUGUGCAAUUAUUUCAGUGUUUUCUGUCUUUUAUUAAUAAAAUGAACUUGUGCA